CGUGCUCUCGCUCGGUGCCGUUCACCUUCGGCCGCUUGCGACUCGGCCUGGGGACGGGAGUGCAAGGGAGUCUUCUGUCGUCGGAAGCAUGUCACUGGUGGCGGAAGCCUUCGUGACUCAGAUAGCAGCUGCCGAACCUUGGCCUCAGAAUGCUGUGUUCUAUCAGCCAUUGAAAGAGGAACAGAUUUUGCUUUCUGAUAAUGCUGCCUGUCUUGCUGUUCAGGCUUUUUUACAAAUGUGCAAUCUGCCAGUCCAGGUGGUUUGUAGGGCAAAUGCAGAAUAUAUGUCCCCAUCUGGAAAAGUGCCCUUUAUUCAUGUAGGAAAUCAAGUAGUUUCAGAACUUGGCCCCAUUGUCCAGUUUGUAAAAGCCAAGGGCCAUUCACUUAGUGAUGGGUUGGAUGAAGUCCAAAAAGCUGAGAUGAAAGCCUACAUGGAAUUAGUCAAUAAUAUGCUUUUGACAGCGGAGCUGUAUCUUCAGUGGUGUGAUGAUGCUACAGUCCAGGAGAUCACUCAUCCAAGAUAUGGUUCUCCUUAUCCUUGGCCUCUGAAUCGCAUUUUGGCCUAUCAGAAGCAAUGGGAGGUGCAGCGUAAAAUGAAGGCUAUUGGCUGGGGCAAUAAGUCACUUGAUCAGAUACUUGAAGAUGUAGAUCAGUGUUGUCAAGCACUUUCUGAAAGGCUUGGGACACAACUGUAUUUCUUCAAUAAGAAGCCAACCGAAUUAGAUGCUUUGGUAUUUGGACAUCUGUUCACAAUCCUUACUACCCAGUUGAUCAGCGAUGAACUGUCAGAAAAAGUGAAAGGCUACAGUAACCUCACUGCAUUUUGCAGAAGAAUAGAACAACACUACUUUGAAGGUCGAAGUUAAGACUGCCCAAUGUUCCUUCUCCAAACUGUCUUUGAUAAACAGAAUGCUUAUGAUGAUAGUAAUAAUAAAAUUAAUAUUUUGCCUGUGCUUGUUUGGUUUUAAAAAAAUUAGUAGCACAGAUUUGAAAAUUGGGUUUAGUUCACAAUCUGAGUCAGCUACGCCAAAACUGUUGUAGCCCAAAAGAAUCUAUCUGUGAUGAAUCCAAGAAACCUGCUGUAUUUAAAACAAAAUUUGAGAUUUUUACAUUAUACAUGUCUGUGUGCCAUUUUAAUAUUCUUUUGAAGUGACCUUGAAACAAUAUUGUGUCAAGAUGUAAAACUAUUAAUAAAGUUUAGAUAAUUCUA